UUUGGUAGUUUACCUGAUCAACUGGUUAAAAAAUCCAUCAAGCAGGGCUUCUGCUUCAACAUUCUUUGCAUUGGGGAAACUGGAAGUGGGAAAUCAACCUUGAUAAACAGUUUGUUUAAUACCAAUUUUGAUGACCCUAUGUCAACGCAUUUUCUGCCAAGUGUACGACUUAGAGCCCAGACUUAUGAACUCCAGGAAAGUAAUGUUCUUUUGAAGCUGACCAUUGUAAAUACAGUGGGAUUUGGUGACCAGAUAAACAAAGAAGACAGCUAUCAGCCAAUAGUGGAUUAUAUAGAUGCACAAUUCGAAGCCUAUCUCCAGGAAGAACUGAAAAUUAAACGUUCUUUAUUUAGCUACCAUGAUACUCGCAUCCAUGUCUGCCUCUAUUUCAUUUCACCUACAGGCCAUUCCCUAAAAACCCUAGAUUUGUUAACCAUGAAAAGCCUAGACAGCAAGGUGAACAUUAUACCAAUUAUAGGCAAAGCAGACAGCAUUUCUAAAACCGAACUACAGAAGUUCAAGAACAAAAUCAUGAGUGAAUUAGUUAGUAAUGGCAUCCAGAUAUACCAGUUUCCAACUGAUGAUGAAACCGUUUCUAAAAUUAAUACCAUCAUGAAUGGGCAUUUGCCAUUUGCCAUAGUAGGAAGUACGGAAGAGGUGAAAAUUGGAAACAAAAUGGUGAGAGCUCGUCAGUACCCUUGGGGCAUUGUACAAGUGGAAAAUGAGAACCACUGUGACUUUGUAAAGCUUCGCGAGAUGCUUAUUUGCACAAAUAUGGAAGACUUAAGAGAGCAGACUCACGCACGACAUUAUGAGUUGUACAGACGCUGCAGACUGGAAGAGAUGGGCUUCAGAGACAUUGGCCCUGAGAACAAACCGGUCAGUCUACAGGAAGCCUAUGAGGCAAAGAGGCACGAGUUCUACCUUGACCUGCAAAGAAAAGAGGAGGAGAUGAGACAACAGUUUGUGCAGAGAGUGAAGGAGAAAGAAGCAAUAUUGAAAGAAGCAGAGCAACAGGUUCAGACUAAAUUUGAACAUUGUGUGCUAAUGCAUCAAGAAGUGAAGCUGAAAUUAGAGAAAAAGAAAAAAGUUCUAGAAGAUGAAAUAGCUAUGUUUAUUGAGAAGAAAGCUAAUGCUGAAUUACUCCAAUCACAAGCAUCUGUCUCUACCCCUGUUGUUAGUUUGAAGAGAGACAAGGACCGCAAAAAUUCCAGCUUUACAUAAUACUGAUGAUAGAAGAAACAAUAUUGAUAAUUUCUCUUGAGGAAGCGAUGAUUCACAGUGUGCUUUUGAAGGUGUUGGAGUUGCAGUUUCUUAACCAAAGGAUUUGGAAAAUACCUCUUGUUGCUGUGUGCUGCAAAAGAAGAAUUUUUAAGCAUGAUCUGUACACGUACGGUGCGGCGAUUACUGUCACUGCCAUCAUGGACUUUCUAUUACGAGUCUGCUUUGAUACGCACUUGCCUUACAUACGUGUGGCCAACUUGCUUUCAUUUUAAAUGCAUUGUACCAAAAAAAAUGUCGCUGCCAUAAAGAGUUCCAUUCAUAAUAUGAAUGCUGUAGUACAAAAGUAUUCAGUGAAUAUAUCCAGUAUAACCUUUCUAAAGAGUUAUUUUCCUAUGGUAUGGUAUAUUAGUCUACUAAAUAUUAUUUUAUACAACUGUCGACAUAAUUUAACCAUUUACUGAUUUUGCUGACAACUUUUUGUUUAUAGGCUUUUAUGUACAAGCACUGUCCUAAAUUUCAGAUAUGAUCUUUCUAAUCAAAAUUUAUUGAUGUUUUUGCAGUGCUGUACUGUUGCAUGAUAGUUGAUCUGACAUUACUGACUUAAUAUGGAAAGUACCUAUAACUUUUUGAUGCUUGUGACUGUGGUGUUCAGUUACAGCAGAGGCUGAACUUUACAAAAACUAUUAACUACAAGAGCUUCAGGUUAAAACAAGUUUAAAAUGGUUUUUAUAUUUUCAGUAGCCAUGAUAACUAAUGGGAAACUAU